AUGACUUUAAAAGAGAAAUUAGAAUUAUUAAAAACUGAAUUCACUAACUUAAAAACCAAGAUUACCACUAAAUUAACUCAAAAAGAACAAGUGAUUACUGAAAGCAAUACUAAAUUAACUGAAUCUAAUCGUAAAUUAGAAACCGUGACUAAAGAAAACAGUGAAAAUGAAAAGGUUUUAGAACAGUUAUUGAAAGAGUUUAAGGAAUUAGGAGAAAAGAUAAUGGAAGUUUGGCAAGCACUAAAAGCAAAACUUAAAAAUUCAGGAACAGUGCAAGUUUAUCGCCACUUUGCGACUCCUAGGAAAGUUUCGGCGGAUACUGCUCGGACUACUUAUAAUCUCUCUAACAACCAAGUAGUAAUCGCGGAAAAUAAAUUAGAUCGAGCCGAGAGGAAAUUAGAUAAAGUUAGAGGUUUAGUGGCUAAUGGUGAACUGGAGAAGUUAAAGGGUUUAGUAAAGAAAGGAGAACUUUAA